ACCGUCGCCGUCUCAGUGACGUCAGUCGGUAGGCGCGGUUUGUGCGCGUCACUUCCGGCUAGUCGCUGUCAGAAAACUUGUAGCGCGCCACCUGCUUGUCUGAGAGCGGUGCUCGCGUUACCGGGUGUGUGUUCCGGAGAAUGUUGGGUUCGCUGAGAAAUUUCCCGCCGCCCGAGGAGGGGGUGAGGCGGCAGCAGGAGAUGACCGAGGCCGUGAUGAGCGGGGAGAAGCUGGGGAGAGGAACGCUGUACAUAGCCGAGAGUCGCCUGUCAUGGCUGAAUGCUUCAGGCCUUGGCUUUUCUCUGGAAUACCCCUCCAUCAGUUUGCAUGCCAUCUCCAGGGACACUGCGGCUUACCCCGAGGAGCACCUCUAUGUCAUGGUCAACGCCAAACUGGGAGACGAUAAUGAAACAGAAGCUGAGAUGAAGGAUGCGGACUCUGAAGAGGAAUGUGAGGACAGUGAUGAUGAGGAUGGCCCAAUCACAGAAAUUCGCUUCAUUCCAGAGGAUAAAACAGACUUAGGAGAGAUGUUCUCUGCCAUGUGUGACUGCCAGGCUCUGCACCCCGACCCUGAAGACUUGGACGAUUCCGAUGAUGAUUUUGAAGGAGAGGAGUAUGAUGUGGAGGCUCAUGAGCGAGGACUAGGUGAUGGCCCCACGUUUUAUACCUAUGAAGAAGGCUUGUCUCAUCUCACUCCUGAAGGACAGGCCAACUUAGAGCGGUUUGAAGGCAUGUUGGCCGGCUCCGUAGGCCCACACACAAUGGCCGGCGUCCGGACUGACGGUUCUGCUGUGGAAUUUGAAGAUGGUAUGGACGUCGUGCCGGCUGUCCCUGGACAGUUUGAAGAUGCUGACGUUGAUCACUGAGUGAUUUUAUACUGGUGCCGGAGUGACACGUUCCAGAUUCAACCACUGUGACACGUUUACAAUAGUUCUGCUUUUUACAUAACUCUCUUCCUACUCAUUCCGUGGAGCCUUUUAGAGGAUUUGUCAGACGCCAACCAUUUCGUAGUGUGGCCCCCUCCCCCCAGAGAACGGCUCUAACAAGCGCUCUAAUUUGCGUGACAAACUUGCUGAAGACAAUUGACUGCCACUUAUGGAUUUUGGCGCAGCUUUCCUUGACAAUCUUCAUGUUUUGGACAAUCUGUUGGCUUUCUAGGCCUUUUAGAAAUACAAGUCGGCCUGAAAGUGACGGCUCUACUGGUGUCCGAGAGCCACACAUUGUUCAAGUCUGUUACAGGAAAGCAUUCUAGAUUUUACUAGAGUAUUGACAGUGAUGCUUCUUGCGUGUUGGCAAAAAAUAAAUAAAAAGAAACCAGCCUUUUAGGUGUGCCGUGGUGAGGCUGUAGUUCUGUUUUUUAGGUUAAUAUGAACUUAAUCUGUAGGUUUAAUAUGAUUUCAGUAUGUUCGGAGGGAAUAACCUCAAGCACUUCACGUUAAAACUGGACAGUAUUUGUAAAGGUUCUUAAUAUUGUCUAAUAAAAUAUAGUGUUUUGUACCAAA